AUGGAGAUUGAAAUCGCGGCCCAGUCGUUUCUCGACUCAGUGGAGAGGCUGAGGGGUCUUCCGCACGCAUUUGCCCUUGCUCAGCCUGCAGCGUUCGGUCCUGCACCCACCUUGAAUGGCUCGCCGACAAGAGGGAUGCCGAACAGGGAUAAUGAAGAGCAGGAGCAGGCGGUUCGACAUUCGGGCGGGGAAGACAGGGGCACGAAACGCCGCGGCCAAGGGCUCAACAGCGCUGCCAUUCAAGACGAGAUUGAGGCAGAGAUUCAGAUCAAGAUCUUGGGGAAAGUGUUUCACCCUGGUGAGUAUCAGAUCUCCGACCUCCAUGGCGAGCACCUCGCCAUCUGCAUUGCAGGAGCGACCUGCUACGGACAACUUAUCAACGCCCGAUGCAUCUUGAAGAGGAAAGUGCAAGUGGGAGGGAGGAGCAGCCACGGCUCUCCUACCUUCUGCUCGAGCGAAGAGGGUCUAGCAGAGGACUGCAUCCCUGACUCAGACGGGGAGGAGGAGGCUUGCGGGGACAGAGAGUUGGGUGCGCAGUCCUGCCGAGAUGAUGGGCAGGUCAAGAGCCGAAGGACCCUCCAAGUAACGGACAGGAGGGGUGAGGAUGAUCGGACUGGGAGGAAGACAGUGGAAGGAACGCGAAGGAGUUUGAACAUGAGUCCCUUGGGUCCCCCGGACUGCACGCCAGAUCGCGGCCACGGACUGACCCUUCCAACGGCAGCAUCCAGAGGAAAAGAAGGGAACCACAGGAUAGUCACGAGGGAGCCCUACGACCCUGCUCCUGAGAGUGUGGACCUGUUCGCCUCUGAUGCCGAGAACCAGCUGUCUGACAACCCUCGCAAGGCCCAUCACGCGUUCCAGAUGUCGAGGGAGGAGAUGGAGAAGGUUCGGAGUCGAUCAGGAGAGCGUCUUCAUGCAAGCUCGGCAUCGCACUCGCAUGCCCGGCAAGACGCACAGGAUCAUCGUGGGGCUCAGGCUGAUGGGACGGCUGGAGUAAAACGACCUGGCAAGAAAGGAGGAUGGGGAGGAGUGAGCGCGAUUUAUGACCUCCCUGAUAGCGACGAGCAGCGAGCCGACCGGGAUGAGUCUCCCAACAUCUUUGAGGACGAUACUCCUGCCCUUGCCAGGGCAUCCACUGGAAUGCAGGAGGAGGAGGACGGAGAGGAAGAGGAGGGGCAGAGGGAGGAGCAGUGGAGAGAGGAGGAGGCAAAGAGGUCGAAAAUCUCUCCUACGAUUGCUAGCGACCCUCCUCCGACUAUCUCCCAGCUCAGUCACCGAAGGGCCGAUGAUCGGCUCCUUUCUCCGCCGUCAGCCAGCAGGCAGCUCGGCUCCUGCACGGAGGGGGAGGCAGAGACAUCCCCAGGAGAAACCCAGCAAAGCUUGCGCGUUGCUGGGAAAGGGAAUAAGACACCUACAGCUGGGAAGGGACAUGAAACUCCUUCAGCUGGGAAGGGACUUAAAACUCCUUCAGCUUGUAAGGUGGAGAAGAAUGGAGCUGGGAGGGAGCCGAGGACAUCUCCAGCAGAGAAGCAGCAUGAGGCUUCGCCAUCGGCGGAUGCUGACGGAGGUGGCGGUGCUCUGGUCUUACUGGAGGCGACUGAGCUGUCUAGCAGGCUCGCCGAUGACUCGGAGGAGGGGAAGUCCUACGAAGAAGGGAGCGAUAAAGCCGGGGCGAGAGCGGAGGAGGACAAGGUGGACAGGGACGAGAACAAGGACGAGCAGGAUAGAGCAGCAACGAGGGAAAGGGAGUGCAUUCUUCUCGUCGGGUUUGCUGGAGAUGAGCUGGAUGACUUGAAUCGAAAAGUGAAGGAUCUUGGUGGAGAGGUAGCGCAGCAUCCGGAGAAAUGCUCGCACAUAGUCGCUCUCCGGCUGAAGACUUCCUUCAAGCUCCUCGCCGCUCUGGUACUGGGUCACAAGCUGGUCCUCUCCCGUGACUGGGUCGACAAAAGCCACAAGAAGAAGACCUGGCAAGACGAGGAAACCUUUUGGCUCAAAGAUCGCCAGACUGAAGAGCGACACAAUUUCAACCUGCAGCGUCGCUGCAAGGAGGAGGAGGCAAAAUUCUUGAUCGAGAAGGCUGGCGGGACCCUCAGGAAGAAGGGCACGGAGGGUAGUAUACAACUGGUUGGAGCGGAAGGAAAGUCGAGCAAGGCCGGAGGAGGCAGGAGGAAGUUCACCGUAGAGUACGUGGAUAAGGAAGAGAAGGCUGGGAAGUGA